AUGGAUUUCAUUGGACAAAGUAUAUGGGUCCCGUUCAGACGUCAAAUCAGCUACGUCAAAAACAUUGAAAAAAAUUCAGAGAAGCUGAAUGAGGGAGCGGCAGAUCUCUAUGACAAAAGGGAGGAUAUAAAUAGAGAGAUAAACAGAGAUGCCAUAUCAACAAUGCCGACAGCUGAAUGUCAAGCUUGGCUUCGGAAGGUGGGAGAGAUGGAAAAUAAAAUCAAAGUCAUAGAAACAGAGAUCCAACAAAAUAAGCAUUGCUGCAUUGGGGGAUUGUGCCCCAACAUUUGGUGGCGAAGGAAUCUGGGUAAGAAAAUUGUGACUAUGAUGAAUGAUGACAUUGUUGAUCUCUUCAAGGACCACACAAUGUUUUCAGGAAUAUCAAGGUAUGUGGUUGAGCGACCUCCACAGUCAGUUGAGCCAAUUCCUGCACCAGCAAUGGAAGGCCACAAUAAUAAUAAUAAUAAUACAUCAUCAUCAAUUGGUCGUACUGUCCAGAAGAUAUUAAGGUGCAUAAGGGAUGAUGAUAUCCAUAAGAUUGGCAUAUGGGGUAUGGGUGGAGUUGGUAAGACAACUUCAAUGAAGCUCCUAAACAAUUCAACAGAAAUUGCAGGUAUGUUCGACAUGGUUAUUUGGGUAACUGUGUCCAAAGGAGGAGGUAUAAGAAAGGUACAAGAGGAUAUUAUAGAGCGUCUGUCGUUGCCGUUUGAUGAUGAUGAGCCUGUUGAAAGAACCGCCAGGAAAAUCUUUCAAAGAUUGAGUAAUAAUAAUAUGAAGUAUUUGCUGCUUCUCGAUGACUUGUGGGAAAGAAUGGAUUUGAAAGAUAUAGGAAUCCCCAACCCAUGCGAAGAAAAUGGAUGCAAAAUGAUAAUAACAACUCGUUCCAUGGUUGUCUGUAACAAAAUGGAGAUAGAUAAGGCAAUUAAAGUUGAAGUUUUAUCUGAAGAAGAGGCAUGGAAAUUGUUUCGCAAAAAGGUUGGUAACGUUGUGGAUUCAUCAUCAGAAGAUAUAAGAGAAAUAGCUGCACAGGUCGUAGGAGAAUGCAAAGGUUUGCCACUUGCGCUUAUUGUAAUAGGAGGGUCCUUAAGAAAUAAGAGUGACCUGCGUGAAUGGAGAAAUGCAUUGAAGGAGUUGAGAUCAAAUAAGUACGAAAUUAUUGAUGAUAUGGAAGAAUCUGUGUUUAAGAUAUUGAAGUUCAGUUACGACCAGUUAAAAAGCAACAAUAUCAAGAACUGUUUUCUAUACUGUGCUUUAUACCCGGAGGACUAUGAGAUUCGAGAAAAAGAACUUGUCCAACGUUGGUUGGCAGAGGGUUUCAUUGAUGAUGGUGGUGAUUUAAGGCUGGAUGAGGCGUAUGAUAAAGGGCAUGCUAUAUUAAAUUACCUAAAAGAUGUUUCAUUGUUGGAAGGAGUAGUAGUUGAUCCUUUUGGGAAGCUAGCAGUCAAGAUGCGUGAUGUGAUUAGAGAUUUGGCAUUAAUAAUCACAUCAGCAUCAUCAUUAAUGUCUGCUAAAUUAUUAAUGGUACGACAUGCAGUAGAGGAGGAGGAGGAUGGUAAUCAUCAGUUCUUGGUUCGAACUAAUAUAGGAGGAAUACAAGAGGAGCUCUCAAUCUCAAAUGAGGAAAAUUGGGGACAGUUCCAAAGGAUCUCAUUGAUGGGUAAUAAUAAAUGUCGCAUUAAUCUUCCUGAGAACCCCACAUCCCUCUUACUUGUGACGCUAUUUUUGCAGCAUAAUAGAAGGUUGACUAAAAUUCCAGAAUCAUUCUUCGAGCAUAUGCACAAUCUACGAGUUUUGGACCUAUCAUACACUCAUAUCAGGGAGUUACCAUCUUCUGUUUCCAAUUUAGUAAACCUUAGAGGAUUAUUUCUUCUCAGUUGUCCCUAUUUGGUUACUGUACCAUCCCAAAUAGGGAAUCUUAAAAAACUUCAAGUGCUUCAUUUAGGAGGCCGCCAUUUGGAGUGCUUACCUAUUGAAAUUCAGCAGCUUACACUCCUUAGAAGUCUGCAAGUGUCAUUUUAUGAAAUUCCAAGUGGGAAUCGACGACUGAUGGUUCCUAAUGGGAUUAUAUCAAGGCUCUCUCUGCUUGAAAACUUGAGCAUACGUGCAUAUGGUGGAUAUUCAGAUUUUGGAGAAAGCAUUGUUGAAGAGGUGGGUAGCUUAAAGCAACUAACUCAACUUGAGGUUAAGUUUACAACAUUAGAAAGUUUUGAGCAUUUUCUACGUGAAAGUUAUCCAUGGAAAAAUCAAAGCUUGAAGUCAUUUCAGUUCACUUUGCAUUGCAGCAAUGAGUCUGGAUACAGUAUUUUUUAUUAUGAAGAAGAAGAAGCAUCAUCAAAUAAGCGAUUUUUACAACUGGUAGGAGGUAAUUACACGCCAACUGCAAUUGCAGAGGUACUCCGUAGGGCCAAUGGUUUCUAUUUAAGAAACAAUCACACUUGUCAAGGGCUGUUGGAUUUUGGCUUGAAGAACUUAACUCAGCUGAAACGAUGUUAUGUUAGUAAAUGCAAGAUGAUGGAGAUCAUCAUCAUCAAUGGAAAUAAUGAUUUAAGUACUACUUCAACAACAACACCAUGUGCAGUUUUACCAAACUUGGAAUACUUGCAAGUUGAAGAAAUGCCAACUAUGACGACCAUUUGGGAAGGGCCAAUGCCACCAGGAAGCUUCAGCCGUUUAGCUUAUUUGAGUAUCAGUGGUUGUCCGAACCUGAGAGAGAUUUUCACAAGGGGCAUACUCCAACAACUUUCAAACCUUGAACAACUUGUUGUCAAAGACUGUGAUACCGUCCAAGUAAUAAUAGUGAAUGAAGAAGAGGAAGCAGAAGGAGGUCAUGAUGAUGUUGCUCUUUUCCCAAAAUUGAAGAAUCUCACUCUUGAGAAACUACCCAGACUAGAAAGGAUUUUGAAAACAGUUUCUUUUCAUCCCAUGGCGCCAUCCUUGGAAGUAAUAGGAGUUGUAGGGUGUCCAAAUCUGAAGAGUCUGCUCCCUUUGAGUUUGGGGAUGAUUCAGCAGCGAUCCAGUAGUACUACUUUAAGGAUGAUUAAGGGAGAAACCCAAUGGUGGGAAGCAUUGGAAUGGGAACAUGAUCAUGAGAUCAAACCACUACUCCAACCUCUUUUUGUGCACUCAUCACGGCUGUAAGGUUGAACUAAUGAGAAGCGCACGAUCAGCUUAGUCAAUAGGGAG